CGACUCAAAGAGCAGCCGUUGCAACGCACCGGCUUUUAGCGCUCCACGUUCGUGUCUUUUCCCGUUCGAGAGAGCAGCCUUACGGACAGUGAUCCCGUGCAUUCUCGCGCGAUGGUGGCUACACCGCGCCGGGCCGCCGUGUCCGAGGGGCCGACCCUCCACAAGCAGAUCACGAUGAUGAGCCAGAGAGGUGGCUCGCAUCCAGCUCCUGUGCAGCAGCGAGGCAAGCUGGGAACGUACAAGGGCGUGCUGGUGCCAACCUGCGAGAAUAUGUGGGGCGUCAUCAUCUUUCUCCGCUUCUACAAGAUAGUGGGGUACAGCGGCCUCGGCUAUGCGCUGCUGAUCGCGUCCCUCUCGUUUAUGGUCGCCCUCCUCACGGCUCUAUCGCUGAGCGCCAUCGCCACGUGCGGCACGAGCCAGGGCCUCGCCGGAGUGUACCCAAUGCUCGCGCGAGCCCUCGGCAAGGAGAUGGCCACCGCGGUCGGCCUCGUCUACUUCUUGGGCAUCGUCUUUCUGGCGGUGCUCGAGGUGCUCGGCGCCUGCGAGGAGCUGGAGAUGGUGCAGCACUCGCUCUUCGAGUUCACGACGCACAUCAACGCGGUGCGGGCCUGGGCGUCCGCCUUCAUGCUCGCCCUCGCGCUGCUCGUCGCGGGCGGCAUCCGCCUCAUCUCGCAGCUCGGCCUCGUCUUCUUCGCCGUCGUCCUCCUCACCAUGCUCUCCUUCUACCUCUCCCUCUUCGGAGCCCCGAACCUCGAGCCGAUCGACGCACCUGCCAACGCCACCGGCCCCGCGCCCUCCGGCCUCUCCACCGCAAACCUGCGUGCCAACUGGGGCCCCUCCUUCGCCCCCGGGUACGAGUUCACCGACUGCCUCGCCAUCUUCUUCCCCUGCUUCACCGGCAUCCUCUCCGGCGCGAACCGCGCCUCCUCGCUACGCGACCCGGCCAGCGCCAUCCCUCGCGGCACCCUCGGCGCCAUCACCCUCUCCUUCUGCGUCUACGUCUCCUUCCUCGUCCUCUGGGCCGCCGUCGGAGAGCGCGAGUACCUCACGAUGGAGCACGGCCAGCUGGACGAGCUCAUCUACCCCUCCGUCAAGGCGGCGCAGAUCGGGAUUGUCCUCUCCUCGCUCGGACAGGCGCUGCAGUGCGUCGUCGUCGCGCCCCGCCUCCUCGCGUCCAUCGCCGCCGACGGCAUGCUCCGCCCGAUGCGCUCGCUCGCCCGCCUCACCGGCGGCGAGCCGAAGCUCGCCCUCGCCGCAACGUACCUGGUCGGCGCCAUGUGCGUGCUGAUCGGCUCGCUCAACGCCGUCGCGCCGCUGCUGUCGAUGUGCUUCCUCACCUGCUACUCCAUGAUGAACCUCAACUGCUGCCUGCUCGGCCUGCUCAAGGACCCGCACUGGCGGCCGCGCUUCCGCUACUUCCACUGGGCGGUCGGCCUGGUCGGCUUCGUCCUCUGCACCAGCAUCAUGUUCGUCAUCGACUGGAGGUACGCCCUCGGCGCCUGGCUGCUCACCCUCCUCGUCCUCGCGCUCGUCGUACGCACAAACGCGCAGACCGACUGGGGGUCGGCCCUCGUCGGCCUCCGCUUCCAGCUCGCGAUGCGCUCCCUCACCGGCAUCGACAUCAAGGCGCACCUCGGCGAGAACUGGCGGCCGCAGCUCCUCCUCCUGUACCAGCUGCGCGAGGAGGAGUCGCACGGCUCGCGGCGGGGCAGCAGCGCGGCGGCGGGCUGGGGCGAGGCCGAGCCGCCGGCCGAGCCGUCCUCCAGCUCGCUCGGCGACCUCGUGCGUGGCGACGUCGGCCACACGCACGAGCGAAUGUUCUCCGUCGCGGCGCAGCUGCGGCACGGUUCGGGGCUCGUCAUCGCCGCCGCCGUCGUGCCGGGCGCGUCCGCCGACUCUCUGCGCGCCGUGGCGCUCGCCGAGGCGGAGCGCGCGCGCAUGGACUCGCUGAUGGGCAGGAUGGGCGUGCGCGGCUUCUGCAAGACGAUCCUGGCGCGGACGCUCCUCGAGGGGAAGCUGGGCGCCAUCCAGUGGGCUGGCCUCGGCCCGCUCGUGCCAAACACGCUGCUGAUGGGCUGGCCGUGGUGGUGGCGGGACGAGCCCGAAAAGUACGUCCCGGAGCUGGUGUCGACCAUCAACGCGGCGACGAUCCACGAGAAGACGCUGCUGCUCUGCCACCGCCUCUCCUCCUUCCCCGGCCCCGACGAGGAGCUGUCGGGCUUCCUCGACGUGUGGUGCAUCAUCCCACUUCUCGGAUCUUUCCUAGACCUUUCCCGGAACCUUCCUGUAGGCUUCAUCGACGUGUGGUGGAUCAUCCGCGACGGAGGCCUCAUGCUGCUGAUGGCGCACCUGAUGCGCAAGCACCGCGUGAACAGCGUCUCUUCACACCUCUAGCUGUGACCAGGCCUCAUGCUGCUGAUGGCGCACCUGAUGCGCAAGCACCGCGUGUGGCGCGGCUGCGACCUGCGGCUGCACCUCGUCAUGGAGGCGGGCGUCGACCCGCGCGCCGUCCGCUCCAACCUGCACGAGCUGCUCCGCCGCAUCAACAUCGAGGCGAAGGUGGAGGAGGUGCUGCUCGUCGCGAGGGGGUCCAUCCUGCCGUACAUGCGCACCUCCGCCCAGCGCUCCUUCGAGGAGGAGAAGCGCGCCGCCGCCGAGCAGGCCAACCCGCACCUCCACUCGCGCGACGAGGAUGUGCGCCAGCUCUCCUCCGCCUCCCCCGCGCCCGACGCGCGGCUGGCGCCAGUCUCGAGGCGCUCCUCCACCGCCGGCCACUCCGCCGCCUCGCCCCACUCUGCCGCCUCGGCCAGCCUCGCCCCGCCCCACUCCGGCCGCCGCACCUCGAGCAGCCGCGCCGCAAGCCGCGCCCCGAGCCAGACCGCCAGCUGCGCCCCCAGCCAGACCGCCAGCUGCGUCGCCAGCCGCGCCACGACGCCGCCGCCUGUGGAGGCGCGUUCGUCGCCGCCGCCCUCGCCGCCCGCCGCCUGUGAGGCCGAGUCCUCUUCCGAGAACUCUUCCGAGGACGGCGAGGGGACGCCGCUCAGCGUGCUCGGCGGGCUGCGCCUCCCGCCCGACCGGCGCGGCGUCGAGCUGGAGGCCAUCUCCGUCCUCGCGCGGGCGCCAGCGGCUGUGAUGGUGGAGCCGGGGCCGGCAGAGCCGGGGCCGGCGGCGCAGAAGAGCUCCUGGUCGCUCGCGGCCAGCAGGCCCGCCCGAUGGAUCCGCGAGUCGCGCUCGCUGCCCUCGCUGCCGACCGCGGCGGCGCCGCCGCCGCCGGUCGACUCGCCGAAGCGGCGCCUCGCCGACUUCGCCGCGCGGCACGGCCUGGGCGACGAGGCAGUCGCGGAGCUGGCGGACCUCUUCUCCUCCUCGCAGCACGGGCGCACCGACAGCUCCGUCGCCUACGACUGGGACGAGAUCCACGCCCUCAUCGUCGAGCGGUCCGUCGGCUCGUCGCUCGUGAUACUCAACCUGCCGGACGCGCCAGACAACCUCGCGCCAGACCGCUCGGGCGGGUUCGGCUUCUCGCCCCCCGGCUCGCCGCUCAGGCGCUCGGCCGGCAGGCCCGCCGACGUGUCUCCUCCCCCCGGCGCUGACGCCAGCGGCGGCCUCUGGUCGGUCGCGGAGCAGCCGGGGGAGAAGGGGGAGCGCCAGCGCCUGGCCGCGCACAUCGAGUACGUCGAGUACAUUGAGGGCCUCGCGCAGAACUUGCCCCGCGUGCUGUUUGUGCACGGCGCCGGACGCGAGGUGAUCAGAUUCGCCGAGUGAGCCUUCGCGCCGACCGAGAGCGACACACCUCGCCUUCCUCUCAGACUGUCCUCGGGCUCUCUCCUCUGUCUAGUGGCGUGCAACGACGGGGGAGGAUAGUCUCUAUGAAUCCUCUUCCUCGGCGCACAGGCCUCAAGCUCCCGAUCGCCGCAGAGUCAUGCGAUCAUGUAAUUUCGUAAGUGGUACAGUCUCACGUCUGCAUCAGUCUCUUGUGCAUCACUCAUCUGUCAUCACUGUCUCUUGUUUCCGGGACCACUCAGACUCUUCUCUAUAUGUACUAUGAUGGUAUAGAGCGCU